UGCCGAUGCUUUUACUUCCUGCUGCCGUUCCAUUUGACAUCAACAGCAUACUCACGUUACUCCAGGACUGGUAAACAUGCUGACAAAGAUAUAUUUGUCAUGUUCUGUGUGAAUAUUUGUGAAAAGUUAUUUUAUUGUGUCUCGUGUUUGUGUUGUUUAUGUGUCACAUUUAAGCUGAGUCACUACGAGCUGUGUGUGGAAGCUAGGCUAACAAGCUGAGCAAACUUAGCGCCCUUGGAAGUGGAAGGAGUUUUCACGGUGUCAAAAUUGUGAGGAGAAAAGGAGGAGAGAAUUAAAGUUGCACCAGUCGAAGCUGUCUGCAUCUUGUGUCAUUACUCCAAGUGGGCCGCUACAGUGAAAACUCCCCGGCUGCAGCCAGUGAAAACUUCCGGCUGCAACAGACCUGCCAUCCCUACAGAGAAGCUGACGCCAUCUCAUUCGAGAUCCAGCUAUCAACCUGUUAACAGCUAACUGACUCCAUUUGCACCCACAUCCUGCACAGGCAAGAUUAAAAGGACAGCACGCUAAAGGUACAACAUUGGGUGCCAAGGAGUAAAGGAGACUAUUUACACACACGUUACAAGCUUACAGUGUAUCUGAAGUGUCUUAAAUACUAACAUCAAAUUUUGAGGUCAAAAUAAUUUGUGAGCAGCACGUAACAAUUCUGAAAUAGGUAAAUGUUUUAAGAAAAUUGUUAUAUGUCUUUAAAGGGUAAUUUGUGACAUGUCUGUUGCGAUAAAGGUUUAAAGCGUGAAGCACUUUAGCUAUUAAUGGUCAGAGCGCUCAUUUAUGACAUACUUUGUUGUUGCUGUUUUAUGUUAAAAAUCCUUUGAAUGUCCAUAUUCUGCGAAUGCUUGGUAUAAGUAGUACUCUUUGGUAAAAGAUAACUACAGCUUAUAAGUGAAUUCAGGCAUAAGACAAUCAAAAGCCACGCCAGACGUAAAGCAGUUGCACAAACAAAUAUGUCACUCACAACAAAAGAAACAAACAGUCCUACAGACACACCAGUCAGGUUUAGCUCACGUGAAAGAAAACUAAAAGAGAAAGGCCAAGAAAUGCAUGACGAGGACACCAAAAAACGUGAAAAAACAUUUAACAAGGCCUAUAAUUCUUGGAAACUGACAGCAAGGGAAACAAAGACAAAACUAAAAACCCUCUGUUCAUUAGAAGACCUCAAUAAAUUACAGCAAGAUAUUGAUACAAAGCACGACACAGUAAGACAGCAAUAUGAACCUAUCCUACGUAAUAGUAACACCACGGCAGAGAUCGUCAACAAAAUGGACGCUUGUGUUACGCUAACAAAGGAAAUCUGUAAUCUUCUAAGCAACCGUCUAGCGACUAUUAAUGAAGAUUAUAACGAUCAACUUGAAAAGGAAAAAGUAAGAGAAACGUUAAACAAAAAUGAAUAUGGGUCUGUCUUUGGCCAAACUAAAACUGAAACUGUAAGUUCAUCAGAUGAAUCAAGCAAACAUUCAAGCUCAGCCAGUACCCAUAGCAGUAGAGUAGAUGCAGUAGCAGAGCUUGCUGCUAAGUUGGAACAAUCAAAGGCCAUGCAAGAAAUUCAGGCACAGAAAGCACAUCUUCACAAGUUAGAAAGUGAAUGGAAACUUAAAGAGGCAGAAUGUUGUCAGAAAUGAAACAAAGAGAGGUGGAAAUGCAACAACGGUUGGAACAAGAGAGAGCAAAACUGCAACAGUUACAAGCAGGAAAAGAAGUCGCUAUAGCAGCAGCUCGUGUGAGAGCAUAUGACAAUUUUGAAGGUUUUGAGAACAACAAUGAAGAAAUUAACAAUAAAACUACUUAUUACAGUAUGCAAACUGAACCUCAAUUAAAUUCAGAUGCUGCUUCAUUCCAUCCUCACCAAGUAGCUCCUGAAAUGACAAUGACCCAGGAGUCUGUCAGCUUAGCACAAGCAAUUGCUAGCUCAUUAAGUAUGAAUUGCUUGCCAGUCCCUGAACCCACCACGUUCAGUGGUGACCCUUUGAGGUUUACAGAUUGGAAGAUGUCAUUCAUGACUCUUAUAGACAGAAAACCCCUCUUACCAAAUGAGAAGACGUUUUAUCUCAAAAUGUAUCUUGCAGGAGAGGCGCGCAAAGCCGUUGAAGGUUUCUUUUAUCGAGGAUCAGAAAGCGCAUACAAGGGAGCAUGGAAAGUUUUACAGGACAGAUAUGGAAACCCAUUUAUUAUACAAAAGGCUUUCUGUGAUAAGCUCAUGAAAUGGCCAAAGAUCAGCGCAAAUGACCCACUAGCACUACGAGAGUUCGCCGACUUCCUCCAAAGCUGCACUGAGGCAAUCCCACAUGUCAAAGGACUAGCUAUCCUUAACGAUGGUGAAGAAAACCACAAGUUGCUAGAAAAAGUGCCGGAAUGGAUUGUUCGAAAGUGGAGUAGAAUUGUUGUAGAUGAGCUUGACAAAUCAGGCAACUAUCCAGAUCUUGCAUGCUUCACAGCGUUCCUAAGCAGAGAGGCAAGAAUAGCCUGUAACCCUAUUGCUUCUCCACUGUUGAUACAUUUCAAACCUGCAGACGAUAGAACUCCAAAGAAGGCCAAAGCUUUUAACACAAAUACACAACCAAAGAGUUUCGCUCAGGGAAAUCAAGACACAAACAACAGUAAACCAAAACCACCCUGCUCAGUCUGUAAAAGUGAAGUUCAUGGCAUCAUACGGUGUCCAACUUUCGCAGCCAAAAGUGCUGAGGAUAAAAAGGCAUUCAUCCAUGAAAAUCGGCUCUGUUUUGGAUGCCUGGGAAAGGGGCAUAUGACCAAAGAUUGUAAGAGACGGCAUACGUGUAACACAUGCAAUCGCCGUCACCCAACCUGUUUACAUGAAGACAGGAAACAAAGAUUUGUGGAAGCAAUGACUAAUAGCUCCACUUCCACAGAAGAACAUGCAAAUCAGGAAACACACAAUGUCAUGUCCCACACAUCAACACAACAUGCAUCUGCUACCUCAGGUAUUGUCCCAGUUUUUGUGUCUACAGUACAAGAACCACACAGAGAAAUACUCACAUACGCUAUACUGGACACACAAAGUGACUCAACAUUUGUCUUAGAAGAUGUACUUGAUAAAUUGAAUGUAGACGUCCAACCAGUAAAGCUGAAACUUAGUACUAUGACAGCCAUCGACACAAUCAUAUCAAGCAAAAGUGUUCAUGAUUAGAGGUUAGAGGACUCUACUCUGAUAGUUGCAUCCAACUCCACCAGGCGUACAGCCGUGACUUUAUCCCAGUGGACAAGUCUUACGUUCCCACGAAGGAAACAGCAUCACUGUGCCCUCAUCUCAGAAACUUAGCAGACAAGUUACCACCCCUUCAAGACUGUGAUGUAGUGCUCCUAAUAGGAUAUGACUGUCCAGCAGCACUGGCUCCUCUUGAAGUCAUCUUAGGUGACAAUAAUCAACCGUUCGCACAGAGAUCAGAACUAAGAUGGAGUAUAAUAGGCUCAUCAAACCCCCACCUUGACAGACAAGGAAGUCGAAGCUUUGUGCAUCGGCUAACAGUAAAAGAACUGACAGUUCCAUCAGGGACAGAUGUUCUAAAGACCCUGGAAUCAGACUUUACUGAGAGAACUUAUGAGGAUAAAUAUGUGUCCCAAGAUGAUGUGCAUUUCGUACAGUUCCUCAGUGACCACAUCACACAGAAGGAGGGUGGGCAUUAUGAGAUGCCACUCCCUUUCAAAGGCAACAGUAAGCCCAACCUACCAAACAACAAGAGGCUAGCCACAGUUCGCCUGCAGUGUCUCAAGAAAAAAUGAAAGGCCAACAAACAAUACUAUGAUCAAUACAAAACAUUCAUGGAAGAAACAAUUAACAAGGGUGAUGCAGAGCCUGCCCCUGCAACAUCUGAGGGAGAGACAGAGUGGUACCUUCCGCAUCAUGGCAUCUACCACCCCAGAAAACCGGACAAGCUAAGAGUCGUUCUUGACUGUUCGGCCAAGUUCCAUGGUGUUUCUCUAAACGACACUCUGCUAACUGGGCCUGAUCUAAUCAAUCCUCUGGUAUGAGUACUUUGCCGAUUCAGGAAAGAAGCCGUAGCCAUUAUCUGUGAUUAUUGAAAGAAUGUUUUAUCAAUUCUCUGUCACUCCUGAAUCCAGGAAUUACCUGAAAUUCCUCUGGUGGACAGGCGGAGAUUUGGAGAAGGAACCCCAGGAGUACAGGAUGGCGGUUCAUCUCUUCGGAGCUGCUUUGUCUCCAGGAUGUGCAAAUUUUGGUUUAAAGCAUCUAGCACAACAACACAAGACUAGCUAUCCCCUAGCAUCAAUAUUUGUGGAGAAACAUUUUUAUGUUGAUGACGGGUUAGUUAGCGUCCCAUCAAUUGAUGAGGCCAAGAAACUGAUCACUGAGUCGCAAAAGUUGUGCAAAAGAGGAGGCUUGCGCCUUCACAAAUUCAACUCAAAUGAAGAAGCAGCGCUCGCCUGCUUAGACCCCUCUGAAAAAACAACAAACAUUGAGCCUCUAGGCUUUGAUCCAACACCAUCAGAACAUGCUCUCGGCAUUCAAUGGUCAAUAAAGAAUGACACUUUAAGCUUUAACAUCAGCUUGAAGGAUCAACCUUCAACCCGUCGUGGUUGUCUUUCUGUCGUCGCCUCUCUAUACGAUCCACUUGGAUUCAUUGCGCCAUUCAGUCUUAGUGGAAAACUUAUCUUUCAAAAGCUUUGUCACAGAGGCAUCGGAUGGGAUGACCCACUCCCAGAUGAUAUUAAGCCACGGUGGGAGGAAUGGAUAAAUGGUCUUCUCAAGUUGAAAGAGGUGUCAAUUCCAAGAUGUUACCACCCACAUGACUUUCAUGACAUUGCCAGAGUAGAGUUACACCAUUUUUCCGAUGCCAGCUGCGUGGGAUAUGGUGCAUGUUCUUACCUCAGGUACAAAAAUGACAAAGAUGAAGUCCAUUGCAGUCUCGUGAUAGCGAAAGCAAAUGUCGCUCCCUCAAAAGUCACAAGUAUCCCGAGACUAGAACUCGCAGCAGCGGUGGUUUCUGCAAAAGUAAAUGUCAUGUUAAAGAGUGAGCUUGACAUGAAAAUUGAUCAAGAAAUUUUCUGGACUGAUUCUCAAGUCGUGAUUGGAUACAUCAACAAUGAUGCUCGUACGUUCCACAUAUACGUUGCAAACCGUGUUCAACUGAUUAGAGACAAUAGUGAUCCCAGUCAAUGGCAUUAUGUGGACACCUCAGAAAACCCAGCCGAUCACGCAUCCCGAGGUCUUCAUGCUUCAGAUAUUCAUUCAACAAACUGGCUGCGAGGACCGAAGUUUCUCUGGGAAAGUGAAUUACAUCUAACACCCAGCACUCCAACAGACUUACUUGUGGGUGAUCCCGAAGUCAAGACAAUUCAGGUGCUUGCAACCAAAGCAAAGAAUUGCGACGACAUCCUUAGAUGUCUGAGUCAGUUUUCCUCAUGGACAAGACUUUUAAAGGUGGUUGCAAGAAUCAAGAGGCUGGGGUGUAAACAAAACCAACACAGUGAACAUGUAACUGUCGAGGAGCGUGAGAAGGCCGCUGAGAAAGUGAUUAAGAUUUUACAGCAGCAAGCCUUCCCCCAUGAAAUAAAGAUGCUUCAAGGUGAAAAAUGCCUUCCAAACUCAAGCUCUCUCUUCAGUCUGGAUCCCAUCUGGUCUGAAGGACUGCUCCGUGUUGGUUUAAGAUUAAAACAAUCAUCUCUCUGUCACAAAGUGAAGCAUCCAGUCAUCUUACUGAACAAUAGUCACAUAUCUAAGCUGAUUGUGUCCCACUACCACGCCAAGAUAUGCCAUCAAGGUCGAAGCCAGACACAAAUGGAGCUUAGGAGCAAUGAAUUCUGGAUCAUUGGUGGGAGCAAGCUGGUUGCUAAGUUGAUACGCACCUGUGUGCUCUGCAGGAAGCUUCGACGGCCGACAGAAAGUCAGCGGAUGGCUGAACUCCCUAAAGAACGUCUUGAAGCCUCAGCACCUUUCACGUACAGCAGCAUGGACUGUUUUGGACUGUUUAUUGUAAAGAAAGCCCGCAAAGAAUACAAAAGAUAUGGACUCAUCUUCACAUGUUUGUACUCUAGAGCUGUCCAUAUCGAAAAGCUCGAAGAUUUGUCGACGGACUCAUUCAUUAACGCAUUGAUAUGCUUUAUCAGUCUGAGAGGAGCUGCCAGACAACUACACUGCGAGCAAGGUUCUAACUUCAUUGGCGCCAGAAAUGAGUUUAAGGAAGCACUUAAACAAUGUGACACCAAACUACUGGAAAUCUUCUUGACUGAAAGGCAGUGCGAAUUUGUAUUCAACGCCCCCUCUGCCAGCCACGCAGGCGGUGUCUGGGAACAGCAAAUCAGAACCGUUAGGAAUGUACUGAAUGCCACUUUCGCACAGUGCCCGGGUCGACUUGAUGACGCCUCACUUAGAACAUUGUUAUAUGAGGCCAUGGCUAUAGUGAACAGCCGCCCACUAACAGUAGAUGGAAUCAAUGAUCCACAGGCGCUGGAACCCUUAACCCCGAAUCACCUCAUCAUGAUGAAGACAAAAGUUGCUCUUCCUCCCCCGGAAGAAUUUGUGAAGGAGGAUUUGUAUGCUACAAAGAGAUGGAGAAGAGUUCAAUACCUCAUCGAACAAUUCUGGGGUCGCUGGAAAAAGGAAUAUUUGCUCAACAUAUCCGCAAGACAGAAAUGGCACUUACCUCAGCGCAACCUCAGAGUCAAUGACAUUGUCAUCAUUAAAGACGACAACCUCCCGAGAAAUCAUUGGCAACUAGGACGAGUGGUAGAGACUGUUCAAGACAGAGAUGGCUUAGUCCGUCGAGUCAAAGUACAAGUCGGAGAGCGAAAGCCUCAAAGAAAACAAGAUUCCCCCUCUAAGCCUUCAGUUAUUGAGAGACCAAUUCAAAAAUGAGUGCUUCUCCUUGAGAAUUGAUCAGAACAAACGGACUAACAAUAGCUUAUUGUGUAUGAUUACAGUUCAGUUCACAUACCACUGAUAGUUAAACGUGAAGUUACUCAUUUAUCACAGUCAAAAAAAAAAUCCUGUACAAUUCAUUUUGUUCUUUGUGUAUUUCGUGCAUUCCUUGUAUCUGGAUUUGUUGGGAGUGUAAAUGGCAGCAAACUUUGUUUUUGAGAAAAUGCAGUUCUGUCACUUUACGAUUUUGUGCUUUUAUUUUGAAGAGCCCACUCUUAUUUUGUGACUUUCUUUAUUGCCGAUGCUUUUACUUCCUGCUGCCGUUCCAUUUGACAUCAACAGCAUACUCACGUUACUCCAGGACUGGUAAACAUGCUGACAAAGAUAUAUUUGUCAUGUUCUGUGUGAAUAUUUGUGAAAAGUUAUUUUAUUGUGUCUCGUGUUUGUGUUGUUUAUGUGUCACAUUUAAGCUGAGUCACUACGAGCUGUGUGUGGAAGCUAGGCUAACAAGCUGAGCAAACUUAGCGCCCUUGGAAGUGGAAGGAGGUAGGAGGAGACUAAUAGUUUAUUUAUUUAAAACAAAUGGUUCAUUUCAUUUAAAACAAAUGGGAAAAUGUCAUUAUUUUUAUUUACUAAAAAAGAUGUGUUCAUAAGUUUCAAAAUGUAAACAUGAUUUAUGCUUUGUUUGUGGAAAUAUGGUACGAUGGCAUUUGUAUUUUCUGUCCAUCUUCAUAGUUUUCACGGUGUCAAAAUUGUGAGGAGAAAAGGAGGAGAGAAUUAAAGUUGCACCAGUCGAA